GGGCCCGCCUACGCUCGGCCGCUGCCUCUACCGCGCCGCCAGCAGAGUCGGCUGCCCCGAAAGCCGCCUGGCGCUUGCGAGUCAUGGCGGCGUGAACCAGGGAGCAGCGUUUUGGCAGGGCUGCGCGAGCAGCCUGCCCAGAGCUCGAGUGGACGCGGACGCAAUAGAGGCCAGCUCGACAGCUACCACCACCGCGCUGCCGCCCACGACCUCGACGGUGGUGGACUGCCCGGCGCCUGUGGCGCCAGUGCCGGCCGCGCCGCAGCCGCUGCGGGUGGUUGGAGACGGGCUGACGGCCACGGUGGAGGUUCCGCUCGCCGCGCUGGCUGGAAUCGCGGCCGCUGGCGCUUACGGCGCCGCCUUGAGGCAGCUGACGCGGCGCUGCUCGGCGAGGAUCGUUCUCGAGCCGAUCGGCGAGGCCAGGAUCCACAUGGCGCAGUGGUUGCUGCAGUGGCCAAGCGAUGCCGAUGGCUCGGAGUGGAUGGUUUAUACGGCGGAGACCGACUUGUAUGCAGAGACCUGGACGGACUACCGCCGCUCCGCAGUGACGUGGACGGGCGGGAGGCGUUUCCCACCUGGCGUUCGGAACGUUGUUACGUUCAACAGGCCUCUGUUCGACGCCGAGGCGAUCAGCCUCCUGAGUCGCAGCGACGCCGCGGACUGGUGGACGCAGGACGCAGUUGACUGGAACGGUGGGCGGCUGGCCGCGCCUCCCGCGACGGCGGCGGAGGUGCCGCGAGUGCGGCGGCGGUUGCGGGGCAAGCACUCGGCGGCCCAGACCGAGCCCGCCGCCUUGCCGCUCGCCGACGGCGGGGUGCUGCCGCCUCCGCCGCCUGAGCCGCGGCCCCCCGGGUGCCGGGCGCCGGCGUCGAUGGAUGCUGGCGACGCGUUCGGGCGCGAGCUCGAGCUGAGCGCCGCUGCGAUCCUUCGAGGGCGACGCGGGCUCGACCGCGGCGCCGAUGGCGAGUGGGUUCCGAUCGGGCACGCCCCGACAGAAGAGACCGAGAGCUCGCGCGGCGCCAAGAUCGCGGCGGCCGAUCGGCUGAGGCCUGCGAGGGCCAGGCUGGACGAUCGCCCCUUCCCUGCUGGCGAGGUCGGGGGCGCUCGCGCGCCACCCGCGGAGCCUGGCGGGGCGGGCGCCGCCGCUGCUGACGGCGCUGGACAGGAGGACAUCCGCACUUGUUGGAUCGACGUGGAGGUCUUCCCGGACCCCGGCCUGCGCGGACCGCCCGCCUGCUUGGAGGUGUGCCGCAAGAUGUGCCGCCGCGGCGGCGCGCCGAAGAUCUGGUUUCAGGGGCGGCGCAGGGCGACGGGGACCUCUCGGCGAGACCGAGCGCGCCACGAGCUGCAAACACUCAUGGAGCGUUUGUUCCUCGCGGGCACCUACGACAAGGUGAACGCGGGGGCGCUCGCGUCUCUGGAGGUGGUCGCUCGCCCGCUGCUGCAGUGCACGGAGGCCUACGCGCGCAGGGCGGACUUCGCCGACUGGGCCGCGGCGAAGCACCUGGCGGGGACUACCAAACCGCUGGACUUGGUGUCGGGCGCGCAGCGGAGCUUCGCGAGCCGGCUCAGCAAGGAGGAGCACGAGCUGGAGGCGACGGCGGCCGCGGGGCAGCUGCGGCGGCCGCGGAGGCUGGUGGGCCGGCGCCCCCUGGAGGCGGCGCGGCAGGAGAGGGCGCUAAAGAUGGCGGAGACGGUGGCCGCGGCCGCGGACGCGGACGCAGAGGCGGGCGGAGCCGCGGGCGUCGCCCGCCGGGCAACCGAGUGCGAGGGCCUCGGCGCGGCCCAGCGGCGGCGGUGGCUUCGCGAGGCCCUCGCCAGGCUUCUUAAGGGCAAGGCGGGAUAUGCCCCGCUUGGCUCGACCAGCAUGGGCUCCCACGAGCGCUCGCGGGCGAGCUUGCCAGACAGCGUCGUCGACGCGCCGAGCCUGGCCACUGUGCUUCCCGCGCUGGCGAGGCUCUAUCUCGAGGAGUUUGCCAACAGGGUGCUGCCCCCGCCUCGGGGGGCUGCACUCGUGCGGGAAUUUGACGGAUUCGCAGGUUGUCAUACCGAUCCUUUGCUGCUGCAGCGGCCGAGGAGUUACGGGAAGUUCGUUCGGCGCGCGCUCGCCGUCGGCCUGGUCAGCCAGCCCCGCCGACCGUUGAGCGUGCUUGGCUUAUUUGUCGUGAAGAAGAUGGAUGGUGCUCGUCUUCGUCUGAUCGUGGACUGCAGGAGGGGCAACGCUGCGUUCCGCCCACCCCCGGGCGUCGACUUGCUGUCGGGCGAGGGGCUCGGUCGCAUAGAGAUGCCCAUCUUGGAGGAGGGCGACUACUCACCACUCUGCGCUGUGCUUGGGGUGGGUGACGUUGCCGUUGCCGAUUGCUUGCGCACGAUGAAAUUAGACUGUGAUAUCAGACGUUAUCUUUGCUGGCCGCCGCUGGGCGUUGCCUUGACUGGAGAGACGCUGGUGGAGGGCCGCCCCGUGAAGGAAGGCGGAUUGGUUAAGCCUAUGAGCCAGAGCCUUUCCAUGGGCUUCUCGUGGUCGCUGUACUUCGCUCAGGCUGCCAACCAGUCACGGCUUCACGGGCAGCCUUCGCUGGCCCAUACCUUUCGACUGAGCGAUCGCGGGCCGCCGCUGGUGCUGUGCGGCGGCGAGGAGCCUGCCAUGGGGCACUUUAUUUACGUCGACAGUGCCGGCGUCCUCGGGCUGGCGGAGGCGCGCGUGCGAUCGGCGCUUCUGGAAGCCCAGGCGGACUUCGAGAAGGACCACCUGAAGUUCCACGAGGUUGAGCUGCUGCCCGAGGGGGGCCGCAGCUCGGGCUGCCACGUGGAUGGCCGGCGCCGCGCUACUCGGCCGACCGACAAGAGGUGCGCCACGCUGCGGAAGGGCCUCAGGUGGUUGCUGAAGCGUCGGAAGGUCGCAGGCUGGCAGCUGGAGAUGGUGCUGGGCCACAUGACGUUCAUGGAGCGGACCUGCUACCUCGGUAUCAUGGUGAUGUUGGGGUCGAGCUGGACCCGCGCGUGGGCGCCUGUGAUCUACUCCUCCGACGCCAGUCUCUACGGCGACGGCGUCGCCGAGGCGAGCUUCGACCCAGAGACCGUGGCAGAGGUCGGGCGCAUCUCAGAGCUGUCGCGGCGGCGCCUGCGCGCUGGGCUCGCGAGGCAGCGCGCCCUCGAGUGCGCCGGCUUCCUGCUCGACGGCGAAACGGCCGAGGUCGUCCGCGAUGCCAGCGGGGCGCCGCGCCAGCUGGACGCCGAGCUGCAACGCGCGCUGGCCAGCGAGCGUUGGGAGGUCGAUCCCAGCUUCCCGGAGGUGCCCAGCCAGUUGUUGCAUGACUCCCGCUGGUCCACAGCGAUGGCAGACAGGCGGGCGCAGAGCAGGACUGCUGUGCCAGUGGACUCGCCCGCGACCGAGAUGGGCCGCAGGCGCGCGUGGACGCUGAGCGCGGGGGAGGACCGACUGGCGCGGCUGGGGGGCCCACCCGCCCAGAGGGCGCGCACGCUGGAUCGCGGCCGCGGGCUCGCUGCGACGUUGGCGGUGGGGCUACCCGUGCAGGUGCCUCCCCGGGCGAGCGUGGAGGCCCGCCUGGAGCUGGGCCAGCGCCAGGGCCUUCGCCCCCCAGUGGGCGCCGCCGCCCGCGCGGGCACCGCGACCGAGGCCGCGGGCGUGAGCGAGGAGAGCAGCGACGCCGAGGAUGCCCCCGCUGCGGGCAGCAGUUCGAAGAGCUACCUCGAGCGGCGGUCAGUUGGGGCAGCCGCGCUCGAGACCAAUCGCCAGUGCGUGCUCGCGUUCUGCGUCUGGGCCCGCCGCUCGCCGGUCGCGCUGCCAGAGCCCGCGGAGCUGGGCGCCCACCUGGUGGACUACGUGAACGCGGAGUUCUUGCAGGGGGUGAAGAGCUGGCGGGGCGAGAAGCUCAUGGCCGGCCUGAUGUUCUCGCACCCGGACUGUGGCCGCCUGGGGUGGCUGCGUCUGUCGCGGGCCCUGCGCUGCCGCAGGGGGCGGAAGAAGCUUUCACCAUCUCGCUCUCGGAAGCCCUUGGUGUAUGCGAUCUUGGCGGCCACGGCAGUGGAGCUGCGCCGGCUGGGAGCGCCUCUGGCGGGCGCGACGGUGCUGAUCGCGGUGGAGUGUUACAUUCGGCCAGGAGAGACGAUGGUUUUGACCUGCAAGUCGUUCUUGGCUCCGAACGAGCACGCUGUCCAGAGCUGG